GUCGCCGCUGGCCCCCCCUCUUCACGGAAACGACGGCGAACGCCGUUGACGCGCGCGCGACCCGAACGAGAAAGGAACGUGCGCCGCCGCUGGACACGCUACGCAGUGGGCGUCUACGGCGCUCGCUUCCGAAGGUUGGUCACUUCCACGCCCACCUCCUCGCAGCUCGCCGCCGCGAGACCUUCGUGGCCCGAAACCGUGCGCAACACAAUGGACCCGCUACUCACUUCACCCAGCGUUCUCGAGCAGCGAUGACUGUGCUAAGAGAAGCAUCGGCUCUCUUGGAUACGUGCGUUUGCGAAACGGACGCGGAAAGUCGGCGGUUAUUGCGGCUGAUUUCUGUCGGCAAGUUUUGUCAUUUUGUGGCGUGAAACGCAGACCUCAAGACCACUGUACUAGUCAAAUGAUACGCGGUGUUCUCACACAAAACAACGCGGCAAAUUUUCCUCCCUUUGGAAGCGGGCGAUUUGAUUCUCCUUCUCUCGAUUCGUCGACUGGUCAAGCUGCGCGAGCUGAUUUCACGAAGAAACACCUCUGCAUCACAGCUGGUUGUUGCCUCGCCCUCGUUAAAUUUCUUCCGUUUUACCGCCGGAGCGCAUCACCUGCUACGUAGAUCGACCCUGUUGCACGAAGCGAACAUACUCCGCUGCCCGACCGCAAAAUGAUCCCGCACGUGGGAAUCGGUCGCGCUACGACGCUGCUGGUCGUCACCAUCGCCCUGGCCGCGGCGACAGUGCCAGUGUCGGUGUUCCCGGUUCCACAUGAAGAGAGCGAAGCCGACCCGGAAUUCUGGUUCGACCAGGGCCUCUCUGGGAUCGAGCAACGGCUGAACCUGCUCCAGAACACGCGCCGCGCCCGCCAGGUGGUGCUCUUUCUCGGCGAUGGCAUGGGCGUCUCCACGUUGACUGCGGCUCGCAUCUACAAGGGCCAGCGGCUGCGGCGCAGAAGCGGCGAGGAGAGCGCACUCGCCUGGGACCCGUUCCCACACAUGUCGCUGGCCACCACGUACGGCCUGGACGUGCAGACCUCGGACUCGGCAAAUACGGCGACCGCCUACCUCUCGGGCGUCAAGGCCAACUACGAGACACUGGGCGUGGACUCUAGGGUUAAGAGGAUGCAGUGUCACAGUGAUCCGACCACACACCUGCCGAGCAUCAUGCAGUGGGCGCAGGAGGCGGGCCUGUGGACGGGCAUCGUGACCACGACCAGGGUGACGGAUGCCACGCCCGCGGCCGCGUACGCCCACUCGGGCUACCGCAAGUGGCAGUCGUCGGUGCCCGAAGGCUGCAACGCCAAGGAUAUCGCACGCCAGCUCGUACAGUACACCCCCGGAUCGCGAUUUAAGGUGAUCAUGGGUGGUGGCCGGAGCGCGUUUCUGGACAAGGAACUCAGGGACGAUGAGGAACGACCGGGCGAGCGCUCGGACGGCCGCAACCUCAUCAAGGACUGGCUGGACGAGAAGAAGUCCCACUCGGCGCAUGUGAAAUACAUCUGGAACCGCAAGCAGCUUCACGCUGUCAACCCCAACAACACUGAGUACCUGCUCGGCCUCUUCGACAGCGACCACCUUCCAUACUCGUUCGAGCGGCGGAGCUUGAAGACGACCAAGCCGAGCUUACCGGAGAUGACGAGAGUGGCACUGGAGAUAUUGCAGAAGUCUCCGAAGGGAUUCAUUUUGCUUGUCGAAGGUGGCCGCAUCGACCAUGCGCACCAUACCACCCGCGCAGGCCUGGCUCUCGAGGAAAUGCUUGAACUGGACCGAGCUGUGGAUGACACUCUGGAGAAGUUCGGUGCCUCCGGUGACACGCUGGUCGUCGUGACGGCCGACCACUCACACACCUUCUCUUUUGGAGGAAGAAACACUCCGCGUGGAAAGAACAUACUCGGAGUCGCUGGCUUAUCUGACGUCGACCAGCAGCCGUUCACCAUGAUUGCCUACGGUAACGGCCCGAGCGUCGCUGCUGACAGGAGCAACUUGACAGAACGCGAAACUUCGUCAAUGAACUACACGCAGCAGGCGGCGUUCCCCAAGCGGCUCGAGACACACGGCGGCGAGGAUGUGGCUGUGUUCGCCAUCGGACCCUGGGCGCACUUGUUCAGUGGGGUGCACGACCAGACAUACAUCCCCCAUGCCAUAGCGUACGCGGCCUGCAUCGGUCAAUUUCACGGCAGCAAGUGCCACACUGCGUCGCCGGAACUCAGGAGAUGAUGGACACUGCCUUCGAGGCGCGUGUGAAGGUGCACGACUUAUGACCCACCUGCGGACCUCUAGCUAACGCCAACGAGGUGCACCGGUUUUAUCGUGCUUCAUUUUGUUGUCGCUGGACUGGCCAACACGUGAAGUGCAACGGCCGUUUGUUAUGCGUGACGCCUAAAUAAAAGCUUACCAUAUGUUAUUCGA